AUGGCACGCCUGAACAACAUUGCGACUCUUUUUCUGGUCACUGUCAUUGCCUUUCUCUUCAAAGUUGCCCAAGCCACGAGCAUCCACUUCGACAACUUGAACGAAUUGCAGCGCCGCGACUCCUUCGACCCCGCCCGUAUUCCCUAUGUCCUCCCCCCACCAGGGGAGAGCGCUAUUGCCGAUGCUCUGAGGAAGCGCCGCCCGAACAAUACCUUGCUUGCUCUGGAUGGUGUCCUGCUGAAUUCGCCUGUGCUGGCUGACGUCUGGAAUGACUUCUUCACCGUUAUUCGUGAUAACAACACGAUUCCUGGCAAUAUGCGUGAGCUCAUCCUUUUGCGGACCGCGGUUCUCACCAGAACCGCAUACAUAUGGAUCCAGCAUGAAUCUGUUGGCCGCUCCGAAGGCCUAUCGACCGACCAACUCCGUGUCAUUCGUUUUGCCCCCGAGAACUUUUUGACCGGUACUGAACGGAAGGUCCUUGGAAAUGAGCUGGCCGCAGCUUUCGAGUUAGCAGACGCGAUUGCCACGACGAUCUAUGUGCCGACCGCCGUCUAUCACAAUCUUGCGAAAUACCUCAGCGCGCAGCAGAUGCUCGAGGCGGUGGCGGUGGCGGGCAGCUAUGCGCUUGUCAGCAGACUGCUCAUUGCGCUGGAUGUGGAUGGAAAGAUGCUUAUGGAGGUGCCAAUCCCGAAGUAG